AAUCAAAAGCGAAGCAGCAGAGAAAAUUAGGAGGAGCAGCAGUGCGGGCGCGAUUUGUGUGUUAAAACUAAUAAUUUUUGCCAAAGUCGGUCGGAUUGUGCGGAAAAUCCUGCAACAAUUGAUCAAUGAAAUCGGAACUGUUGAUAGAUUUCGGUUCGAUCGAUCGGUUAGAAUAGUUUAAUGCAAAAAUCGGGAAACGCUUCGCCUGGACUCCUGGUGCUGCCUUAGACCAUCUCGGUGUUGGAAAAGUGUUUUUCUCGGAUUGGGCGAAGAGUCCCAUCUUUUUUUUGCUUCCCUUGUACCUGUGUGUUACUUGUGCUGGCUCCCUGCUUUUUGGGCGGAUGGAAAAUUGCUGCUGAUGGUGUGAGUGUGUCGUGUAAUCUCAGGCGUGUAUACAGAAAUCCAGAAUACGAAAGUAAAAGAAAAAGUAAAGACGGACGCAGCACGCAUUCGUGAGGGAGAAGAGCAAAAAAAUCCAAAAACGUGCAGCAAAGGCUGAUAAAUAAAUAAGAUAUUCUAAUAUAAACAAGUGUGUGGAAGCUGCGGAGGGCAAACGCCAUCGCCCAAGAACAGACACAGUCUUUGUAGAUUGCGAUAUUCAAAGUUGGUGGAAUAACAAAAAAAAAAUCUAGAAUCAACUGUAAAAGGAAAUCACUUUUCGGCUUGUCGUCGACUCAGCCGAGUAACUAGUGCCACAACGGAAAAGUUUGAAUGAACUGAAGCAUCGUUUCGGGAAUUCGGUGUUUCGGGGAAAGCAGAGAAGAGAAAAAAACCCAAAAAAAGAAGAAAUUACCGGAAGUAAAUUGCUUUGCGUCGGAAGUGUGCGAGUGAGUGAGUGAGUGCGCGUGAGUAGUGGAACGACGAGGACGGCGGCCUGCGACCGGGAUAAGCAGCCAACAUGGGAUGCACAUCUUCAGCGGAGGAACGCGCGGCAAUUGCCCGCUCCAAGCAGAUUGAAAGGAAUCUCAAAGAGGAUGGCAUCCAGGCGGCGAAGGACAUCAAACUGCUUCUGCUCGGAGCUGGAGAGUCCGGGAAGAGCACAAUCGUCAAACAGAUGAAAAUUAUUCACGAAAGUGGCUUCACAUCAGAAGAUUUCAAACAGUAUCGGCCAGUAGUGUACAGCAACACAAUACAAUCACUAGUUGCAAUAUUACGAGCGAUGCCCAACCUGAGUAUCGCGUUCGGCAACAAUGAGCGAGAGUGUGACGCAAAAAUGGUGUUCGAUGUGGUGCAGCGGAUGCACGAUACAGAACCAUUCUCGGAAGACUUGCUACUAGCGAUGAAGCGGCUAUGGUCGGAUUCCGGUGUGCAAGAGUGCUUCUGUCGUAGUAAUGAGUAUCAGCUAAACGAUUCUGCCAAGUAUUUCCUGGAUGAUCUGGACCGAUUGGGAGCGAAGGAUUACCAACCCACUGAACAGGACAUCCUGCGGACGCGUGUCAAAACCACUGGUAUCGUCGAAGUGCAUUUCUCGUUCAAGAACUUAAACUUCAAAUUGUUCGAUGUCGGUGGCCAGCGGUCGGAAAGAAAGAAAUGGAUCCACUGUUUCGAAGACGUCACCGCCAUCAUCUUCUGCGUUGCCAUGUCCGAGUACGAUCAGGUGUUACACGAAGACGAAACCACGAACCGUAUGCAGGAAUCGCUGAAGCUGUUUGAUUCCAUCUGCAACAACAAAUGGUUCACCGAUACCUCAAUCAUUCUGUUUUUGAACAAGAAGGAUCUGUUCGAGGAGAAAAUCCGGAAAAGUCCGCUGACCAUUUGCUUCCCGGAGUACACGGGUGGGCAAGAGUACGGUGAAGCGGCUGCCUACAUCCAGGCGCAGUUUGAGGCUAAAAAUAAAUCCACAUCAAAGGAAAUCUACUGUCACAUGACCUGUGCAACGGAUACCAACAAUAUCCAGUUUGUGUUCGACGCCGUUACCGAUGUCAUCAUAGCUAAUAACCUGCGAGGCUGCGGUCUUUACUAAAAAAAAUAAUUGGUGACAGUUGAAAGCCGUGAGGAUAAAACCCAACUAAUGGAGAAAUUGAAGGAAAGCUCGAGACAAAAGUCCGCUAGCUGCCGAAGACCUUGAAGUCCUGUUUUGUUAUAUGUUUUCUUUGUUUUAAACUUCGGACUUGCUUUUCACAGCUAUUCCGGUUGCUUGCUGAUUAUUCGACUCAGAGAACAAAAACCAGUGAUAAGCUCUUGACAAAAAAUUUUCUUGUUUGUACAAAACCAGUAGAGCAAGUCCCCUUUUAUGGAAAUGGAAAGUUUAUAUUAGUAAAAGAAGCUAGGACAAAAGGGUGAAAGGUUGAAGAUCACCAAAGAGCUUGCUUGAUCUGCCCCUGGGGAUAAACUUCCUGGUAAAGAUCGGGAUAGAUGCCUAAAGGUAUCAGUUAAGUCAGUUGAGACCGGUAUUCAGAAUGUGAUUUUGCUCUAAUUUAUUGACUUUAUUUUUUUCAAACACACACAAAUCAAGAAUCGUGCACACAAAAACAAAACAAAUACUGGUAAUCAAUCACAACAGUUAAAACUACUGGCAUAAGGUACAGACGACGCGCAAAAGCUAAUAUAUUUCUAAUAUGAUAGGCUGCAAUUUUCUACAAAUCCCAAGAAGGAUUCAACUUAGUCAUGCGAGAUGUAUGAGCUAAACAAACAUGAGUUUACAAUGAGUUGAAUAUUUUGUAUCUGAGAUGAUUGCAAAUUAUUUAAUAUUUAUACAAAUUAUCGAAUAAGAAACAAAAGUAUUUUUCUAUUGGACAAAGCUCUACAACAAUUAAGUUGAAGGAUCCCUUAUUUUUCCCCUCUUAGUUUACAAAUUUCAUUGAAACUUACGCACAGAUUAGAAAAUUACCUUAGAAAUGUUGUAUUUGAACGAAUGGAUAGCUCUAUACAUUCCUUUCCCCCCUGCGUUGACCGAUUUUUGCAUAAAACAUGAUUCUAUCGAUUCGUCCUUUAAACAUCGUAGCCCCAACCUGCAAAUCCAAGAGAGGAGAACCGGAGAAAAUAAAGUAUUAUCAAACGUACAUUCCUCUUGAUGUACACAUACUGCAAACCACUCACAUCUACGACUUAAAACGGCAGCUGUCGUCCUUCUAACAUACCUUUGGCAUGAAAGAAAGACAUUUCUUUGGGUGUAUAUGGACAAAAUGCGCUACAAAAAUGCACAAAAACGGCCCAAAAAGUUCAAUUCUGGUUUAGAAAAGUUUAAAUAGUUGUGUUUUAAGCACUUUAAUAAUUAUUUUUGAAUUUUUCUCUCAAUUGAAUGUCACUGCUUUUGUCCCACAUUGUUCCGUAUGUUGUAAUCUCUAUUUGUUUUGAACAUCACCAAACCAUCAGUCCUUCCUUAUUACAUGAACAAGAGAUACACAAUAGAUCGAGUCAUUUCGAAAUCGACAGAACGAAAUGUUUUUCAUUUCUUUCCAUUCAAAUAUCUGAUUGAUUCCCAAGUUCUGGUUCAAUUGAGGCAGAACUUGCAGUUUUGAUGCUCUUCAUACAUCAGAAGGAUUUGAGUAGUAGUGUAAAUCCAUCAAAUGACCCAAAAUAUUGCCUCCACCCACAUGUCAUAAAGUUUAGUAAAGCGACGGUCGAUCUACGAGUUACGUAGCGCAAACAAAAACUCAUGACAUCAUUUGUGCCAAUUUCGUAGGAGGAGUUGUACGUCUCUUAAAUAGAUUUUGUACACCAAUGCAAUGCCCUAUUGAUAAUCACCACCAUCUUUAGCGGAAGAAUCGCCUUCCAAAAGUCCAUUCUAAAUUUCCCUUCAUCAGUUGCCCGACGUUAGCCUGUAUCGGAUAGAUCCCAUUAAAUUCCUUACCAGCGAGUCUCUAUUGUUUCCAAGUUAAAAAAAAAAAAACCCAUGUUCAUAGACACAACAACACACAGACACUUCGAAACACGCUUCGAAAUUGUGCGUUUCAAAGCACUAAAUAGAAAAAAAAGUGAAUCAAAACACCGAUGCAUAAACAAACAUAAAAGAAAAACGACCAAUACAAUAUUUUUAUUGACAAACAAAAGUCGAAAAAACAGGAUAAAGUUCUUCGUACAAAUGACAAAAGUUGUAGAGAAAGUAAAGCAUAAAAUAAAAUCUCUAUUUUUUCUAAACUUGUAUAUUGCGUUAAGUGAAUCACUCGCAGGUCAGUAGUUUUAGUUCUAUGUCAAUAUAUCUCUAGUUUUCGUUUAUUUAUCGACAAUCACACUUUGGUGGUUGGAUUUUUUUAAAAUCGGUACAACAAAACAAAAGUAAUGCCACAUGGCCCAGAACGGCACCCCUGAAUUUAUCCGUAAUCAGCACAUUGCAAUAAAAGAAAUCGCGCGACAAAUCAUGCUUUUCGUUUCCAAGCCCAAUGAUGAAACAAAUAUCUACAUCUACACAUAUGUUUACCUGUAUUUUUUUAAUAUAUAAAAAAGUUAUAAUGGUAAUAUUUAUUCCAAAAACAAACUCUAGUCACUUCGAAUCAAAUUUGCUACCAAAUCACAAAUUGCCGAAAAUGCAAUCAAAUACUUUAACAUUAAAUUUCGUCACCAAAAAGCUUUAUUUAAAUAAAAUAUAAAUGACCAAAGCCAUAUACCCAUACAUCCGUAAUCCGUGAACUUGUAACGUUACUUUUCCACCAAUAGGAGACCCUUUCCGUUUGGUUCGUUUCCGAGCAGGGCAUUGUUCAUGACAUUUGUCUAACUUCUUGGACAAUUGCAAAGUAAAAAACUUAAGAUUGUAACCUUGCGCAUUUAGCUAAAGAAACACAGAUCAUUAAUUGCAUCAUUUUCAAAAAAUGCUACUAUUAUAAAUUAUGGAAAAACCAAUUGAUGAAUACAGUUAGUAUAUAUUUGACAAAAUAUAUCUGCUUAUAAAAAUAUUAUUAGUCUAUUUUUUCGAAUGCAAACCUAAGUAGUAAGAGGAACGAACAAGCAUAAAGUAUAGUACAGUAGCUUAAAUAAGCAUUACAACAACAAACAAAAACUAUUGAAAAAAUGGAAGCUCUUGAAUAGGACUGUAAAGAAAGAGCGCUAAAAUUUAGAAAUAAAAUUGAAACCUCUUACAAAAACAACAGAAACAUAUAUCAAACAACGUCAUCUCCCAAUCAAAGAGAUACACAAUAAAAAAAAAACAAAAACCACACAGACGAAAGUUAAAAGUUUAAAAUACCCUAGUUAAAAAUAAAAAAAAAAAAGGUCAGAACGUAGCAAGUCAGGCCCUAAAAUCGUGCUCGAGAAAAAUUUGUUAGUGCAAAAAGUGCACACUUUCUACUUUAAAUCAGAAGAACAACAAAUAAAAUUGACGAUCAAGUCCCAAAAAGUCGUGAAACCAAGUUGUCGAUGCACUAUUUAAAAUUAAAAAAGAAAAAAAAACUGAGGAUUGUAACAUUAGCAAACAAAACAAAAUAAGUAGUCAACCUCGGAAACCAGGUAAAAUAAGUGAAAGAAUGGAACCCCUUCUAGUUAUAAAAAAAAAUCAUACUUACAAGUGGUUAAAACACACAAAAAAACAUAAAAAAAUAAAACACUAUUCAUCAUCAAUGCAUUACCGAGAGAGAAACCAAAUGGAAGCUGCGCACCAGUAAAAAGGCGAAUCAAGCAUUCAUGAAUAUUUUCUUUUUUUUGCAAAACUCCUUCUGUCCAAGCGCGGAUGUCCAUGGAAACAUUCUUUGCUUGGGCAAAACUGAGUUGAAGACAUAACGUUUAUUGAUAAGAAUUCAUAAAACACUACAAACGCAAAACAAACAAAAAACGAGUCGAAACAGAGAAAUAAAUACUAAAAACACAAACAUCCAAACACACAUCUUCAUUUAACAGAGCAUGUGUUGACAGAGAUCAGAAAAAAAACCCGCAAUCAUCUCGAUAAAUGGGCCGAAAAUUCAGAAAUCACAUAAAAUUACCACUUUGAUGAGUACAGAAGCGGAAUAAGAGGAGAAAAAAAAAAACAAACAAACAACAACAAAAAGUAAAAUAUAUAUUUAACUUAAUGUGUAUGUAAUUUUAUGUGUGAUGUAAAAAAUCGGAACAAAUAAAUGCGUUUUAGCCACUAAAAAUCAUUAAA